AUGACAUUAGCUACACAAUUUGCAGAAACCACACGUUAUUCCGCCACAAGUCCCGAGUUGAGACGAAGGGUAUUACAAUUAUACCGCAAGUACAUCAGGAACUCACGAGAAUUUGCCAACUUGUAUGAGUUGGACAUGCCUGUGUCCAGCAUAAAAACCAAGAUUAGACAAGAGUUUGAAAGACAACGGUUUGUUGAUGAUUUGGCCAUCAAAAACGUGUUGUAUAUGAAGGGUCAGAUGGAGUUUCAGGAGUUGAUUAACUUUUGGAAACAACAGUGCCAUGUGUUGAGGUAUUUCGAUGAUCAGAAUGCGUACAAUACUAUUGAUAAGAAUGAUUUUGUAAAGAACUUUUUGAGAGGGAACUAG